AUGCAGACCGGGACCAAGAGACCCUGCACCACAUGCUACGUGGAGGAGGCUGAUCUGGCAAACCUCAAGCUCCAAUCUACCAUCAGGACCCCUGCUUCCCAGGAGCACGCGGUGCAGCAGAUUCUAGCUUGCAAGACCGUGAAGGAGGCUGAGAAAGUGCAGUCGGAAUGGUGGAACUUCUCGGACACCGAGUGGGGAAACCCAUACGGGGCAAGCGUGGCUGACACUAUACAUGUGCUGGACUCCGGUGUUGCUCUGCACAUGAUCGAGUGCCACAUCGACACUCUCAGCAAGCCCGAGCGGCGCGUGGUGGAGGGGAGAAAGAAGACCACAAAGACAGAGACUCCGAGCACAGUGCUCCGGCUGCCGGGAGGAACCUCUUAUCUGGCCAGUGGAGCCAACUACGCGGCGUUUGAGCACCGCGCCAUGAUGCAAGUCAUGCCCAUUCUGGUGGCGGACAAGGGGGCGCUUGGGAAGGGGCCGGACGCAGAGCUGAGGGCUAUGAGGGUGCGUGCUUUCCGGUUAUACGCUACGUUCUACAAGGCCUUUCUUGGCGUGGAUGGUCACACGAGGGCGUCGCUCGCACACGCAAGGGAACUCGCAUACAAGCUGGUCGACCUUCUCCCACAAGCAUACCCCGAUCAGAAGUCGGGAUGGCGGUUCCCUAAGGUGCACAUGAUCAAGCACCUGCUGGAGAAUGUGAUUCUCAGGGGCAUGCCCCACCACUACAACACGGAGCUGUGGGAGCAUACACACAAGGGCACGGUCAAGGUGCCGGUGCGAGGCGACAACUGGAAAGACAUCCCCCGGAGGAUAGUCGAGGAGGAGGUGCAACGUGAGAUUUGCCGCGAGGUGGCGGCUGAUGCAGGCGGCGGGUGGCAGUACACUACUGCUCUCAGAGAGAUAGGGGCUGUGCGGACCAAGAAGCCGAUCCUCACGAGGAAGGGGAGGCUCAUGGUGCCUGGGGCGGAGGAUGAUGCCGUCUUGGCGAUGUACAACGUGUCGCACGGUGACGACAUGAAGGAUCUAGUGGGAUGCAUGCGGUCGGCAGGGGUGAAGGCGGAGAGCGUCCAGGCACACACCGCCGUGGCGAUACCGCGUACGCGUGGGGGGGCUUUGGUGGCCAAGGGCACGUUUGUGAAAGCGAGCCCGGGGGAGAAGUGGUUUUCUGAUGUGGCACUAUUGUCGCCUAAGGGGGGGGAGUGGUUUGCCAAGGUGUUGUGCAUCUUCAAGGCGGCUGGGGAUGAGGGGGAGCCGAAGGGCUACAUGUACGUGCGGUACUUUGAGCAGGCUGGGCUCUGCCCCCUGACCACAUGCAUCCAGCUAACACCCCACCGGAAGGAGACGAGGUUCGCUGUGGUGGAGGUGGCCACGAUUCUGAGGGUGGUGCACACUUGUCGGAGCUUCAGCAACCCCAAGGUGCUCCUGGUGAACAAGUUUCUGCUGAUCGAGUGA